AUGUCAGGCAACCAUGUGGGAAAUGAUGAUGUCAUUGGAGGAAAUGUGAGCAAAUACAUAGUGAUUCCAAAUGGAUACUGUGGGCAGGCCAAGAAAGGACAUCUUACCUUUGAUGCUUGUUUUGAAAGUGGUAAUCUUGGCCGGGUUGACCAGGUCUCUGAGUUUGAGUAUGAUCUGUUCAUUAGGCCAGAUACCUGUAAUCCACGCUUCCGAGUCUGGUUCAACUUUACCGUUGAAAAUGUGAAAGAAUCACAGAGAGUCAUUUUCAACAUUGUUAACUUCAGUAAAACCAAGAGUCUUUAUAGAGAUGGGAUGGCCCCUAUGGUGAAAUCUACCAGUAGACCAAAAUGGCAAAGACUACCACCCAAAAAUGUUUACUACUACCGUUGCCCAGACCACAGGAAGAAUUAUGUGAUGUCCUUUGCAUUCUGUUUUGACCGAGAAGAUGAUAUUUACCAGUUUGCUUACUGCUACCCAUAUACGUAUACUCGCUUCCAGCAUUAUCUUGACAGCUUACAAAAGAGAAACAUGGAUUACUUCUUCCGGGAGCAGCUAGGCCAGAGUGUGCAACAGCGGCAGCUUGACCUCCUGACAAUAACCAGACCUGAAAAUCUCCAGGAAGGGGCAGAGAAGAAGGUGGUAUUCAUUACAGGACGAGUCCACCCAGGGGAAACACCCUCUUCAUUUGUGUGCCAAGGGAUCAUUGACUUCCUUGUAAGUCAGCAUCCAAUUGCUCGUGUUCUACGAGAAUACCUGGUCUUCAAGAUUGCACCAAUGCUUAACCCUGAUGGAGUCUACCUAGGCAACUACAGGUGCUCCCUAAUGGGGUUUGACCUGAAUCGUCACUGGCUGGAUCCUUCUCCAUGGGUCCAUCCCACUCUGCAUGGGGUGAAACAACUCAUCAUCCAGAUGUACAAUGACCCGAAAACAAGCCUGGAGUUCUAUAUUGACAUCCAUGCUCACUCCACCAUGAUGAAUGGCUUCAUGUAUGGCAAUAUCUUUGAGGACGAGGAACGGUUCCAGAGGCAGGCCAUUUUUCCAAAGCUCCUCUGCCAGAAUGCAGAAGACUUCUCCUAUACUAGCACAUCCUUCAACCGGGAUGCUGUGAAAGCAGGAACUGGCCGUCGCUUCCUCGGUGGGCUCCUGGACCAUACUUCAUAUUGCUAUACCCUAGAGGUCUCCUUCUACAGCUACAUCAUUGGAGGUACCACAGCUGCUGUGCCCUACACCGAAGAAGCCUAUAUGAAGCUGGGGCAGAACGUGGCAAGAACAUUUCUGGAUUAUUACCGGCUGAACCCCUUGGUUGAGAAGAUAGCGGUCCCCGUGCCAAGGCUUCGGAAAGAAAAACCCCCUCCUUACAAGCACCCAUUCCCGCGGGGCCCAGCCAGCAACUACCCCAAUGGCAAAGGGGACAAGAAGAACUCACUGAACCACAAAGACCCUUCAACCCCCUUCUAAAGACACGGAGCCCAGAAGUUUUGUGGGAGCAGGAACAUGUAUUUCCUCCUGGGGCAUGAAAUUAAUUGCCUUU